UCAAAUGCUGUAAUAGGGCUUCGAGUGCAACUUCAGUUACUGAAGCUGGAGUCUGAGGCAUAUGAAGAGGGGCCAAUGCUUAUUUCAAGUGAUGAAGAUGGUGUGGAGGAACCUAUUGAAUUGGCUGAUGAGAAGAUGAUACCAAAAGCUGAAGAGAACUGGGAAUCUUUGUACUUAGCUGAUCUCUUAACUGACUCUGGACUUAAGGAUGCCGAUGCUGACACUUUCAUGGCGAGAUGCCACUCUCCAGAAUGCCCAGUGAGUCUCUCGGUAUUCGAAGGACUUGAAAAGAAAUAUUGUAAUCUGCAAUCAUGGUCAAGGUCAGAGAGGAGGUUACUCUUCGACUGCAUAAAUAAAAAGCUUCUGGAGAUUUUUGAGCAUUUAACAGAUCCACACCCAUGGGUGAGACCUGCAAGGAGGGUAGUUCCUACUAAGGAUAACAAAAAUGGAUUGGCGGAAACCCUGCAGGAGCUGCUCAUUUGCCAAGACAAGAAAGCUGGUACAGAUGCGGGGGAGAUGACUCUGAGCAGGGACUCACAGUGGUUAGAUAUGGGAGUUGAUAUUGAUAUAAUUGGUAGAGAAAUUGAGAGAUUGUUGACGGAUGAAUUGGUUGCCGAGGCAAUAAUAGUAAUGUAGAGAUUUUCAAUACAAAAACUUUUUUCUAGUCAA